AAAAACUAUUAUUGUAAUGUACUUUUUUCUUUAAUUUGUCAUUUAUGAGGUGAUAUUCAUUUUUAUAUCAUUGCAAUCAUAUCAAAUACCAAAAAUUAGUUAAGAUGAUCAUAAGAUAGCUAUACAAUCCUUUCUAAUUUCUAUACUAAAUAUAACAAUAAAAUAAAAUUGGUUUGUGUCUAAAUAAUACUUUCUUUGUUUUAAAAUGUAAGCAGUUUUAAGUAAAAACAUUAAUACUAUAAAAUUUGUUACCUAGAAAAAAAAUAUUUUAGUAUAUAUGUUCAACUAGUUAUAACAAAUCUACAAAAUUUUAUUAGUUAAACAGUAAUUAAUACAUAUAAAAUUACAUUAAAAUGUUAAAACUAGUUAUAUUUUGAAACAGAAAAACAUUUACAACUACUUAUAUUAUGAUAAGCGAAGGAGUAGUAUAUGUAAUAUGCCUAUGUUAGAAGAUCUGUUUAGGAGUGUUCAAUUCCCCAUGAUAGCUGUUACUAGGCAAGAAGAUAAGACCCAUUCUUUUAAAACAUAUCCGAAUCAUGUCCUCGUCACCACUAUCGUAACCCUUUUUAAAAUUAAUUUCCUUGAUUCUGUCAAUUGGACCAAAACGGACCAAAACUAUUAGUUCCCAUCAACUAGACGACUUUACCUCAAUUUUUAUAUCGAAAUAGUAAUAUAACAUAGAUAUAUCCUCAAAAUAUAUUAGAUUUUAUGUCUAUUGAAAUUACUCUAAAUCCUUAAAACAAGAAUAUUUCCCGGCUUCGAACAGCUGUUCCGGACAACAUAAAUAAUACAUUUUUAUUGCAAUGCUGAUUUUUUUUGCCAAAACAAAUAAUACAUUUUUAUUGCAAUGCUGAUUUUACGAAAUUUAAGGAUAUGUGCACUAGUUGAAUUUUCAGUGAGUUUUUCACCAAACUAAAUUAUAAAGAAAGAAAAAAUAAGAAAUAAUUUCCUUUUAAAAAGAUUCUAAUAUAUGUUUGAGAUAUUCUACUUGCACAUAAUAAUUUUUUAUUAAUCUAAAUUUCUUUAAGCAUUAAAUUUAUCAUCUAAAAGCUCUAGUGAAUCUAUCAUAAAGCCUAUCAAAUAUGAAUUAUCAAGAAACACACAUAACAAAAUUCAAAGUAAAAUCUCUGAUACUUGAAUAUUCAGAUUGCAAAUUGAAAGUUUGGGGAUGUAAAAUAGUUCUGAUUCACGCAUAUAUAGAUAUGAUCCUUACUUAUUUUUUAAAUUUCCUUUUAGGUUCUACACAAAUAAAAGUCCCAGCAAAGAAAGAGAGAAGAGCCUUUCAAAAAGAUAUUAAUGAAUUACACCCUUUAAUUAAAAACAAGGAAAAUUGGAAGGAAAAAAACGAAAAAAGAUAAAUUACGAUUUUCUUCAGUCAAAUAUUUAGGAAAUUAACCUUUACUGCUUUUCGAAACAGUUAUAAAGGUUAUAAAUAAUUUAUUUUUAAUCGUGAAACACAAUUUGACUAGGGUUCUUAGUUUCUUGUGCCCCAAGUUUCCCCUUCAGUUUAAUUAAAGACUCAAGUUAGGGUUUUCCAAAAACGAGAGCUAACCCCCACCAGACAAAAAAAAGAUGGAGGAACCGAGCAUCAGUGAGUUGCCAGAUGAGUUGAUCCUGAAGAUAUUCUCAUUGCUUCCGCUUUAUGAAGAGAGCAUUGCAACACGUCUCUUAAACAGAUUACGAAUGGAGGGUCCAUGGAAACUGGUGCCGAAUGUCAGCGUGUUUGAUGAUUCAUAUAAGAGUUUUGUGAACUUUAUGAGUUUUGUUUACGCAUCUUUGUUGUUCAACGAGUCUCAAAUUCUAGAGAGGUUUCAUCUCAUGCUUAACCAGAAAUAUUCAGCUUCAGACAUCAACGUUUUGGUUAAAUUUGCGGUUAACCGGUCCGUGAGAAAGCUGAGGAUUCAGACGUUUGAGAAUACCCUAGAACUGCCGAGUUGCUUGAGUAGUUGCGUAACCCUCAAGUCAUUGAUACUCCGUCAACUAAGCAUCGAGGUUGUUCCUUCUUGCUUUCGCUUGCCAUCUCUCAAAAGUCUCCACCUUUUCUCGGUCGAGUUCUCAGGUGACGUGUCUCUUGCAAGUCUUUUACAAUCGUGUCCGGGUCUUGAAUACUUGGUUGUAAGGGAUGUGAAGUUCAAGACUGUUCCGCGUUGGUUUCAGUUGUCCUCUCUGAGAAGCCUGCACCUUCUUUCGAUCUCGGGCUGCGAAUCUGUUGCAAGUAUUUUAAGUAUGUGCCCUUUUCUUGAAGAUUUGGUUGUGAAACAAUCCCAAGUAUUCAAUCAUUAUGAGCCUACUUUGAUCACUUGCAGAACACUAAAAACAUUGAUACUCCGUGAACUAACUAUCAGUGUUGUUCCAGCUAUGUUUUGCUUGCCAUCACUCAAAACUAUGCACCUUUUAUCUGUUGGGUUCACGGGAGGCGAAUCAGUUGCAAGUCUUUUACGAAUAUGCCCUGUUCUUGAAGAUUUGGUUGUGAAACAAACACAAGUAACCCAUAGUAACGAGUGUACUCUGAGUAGUUGCAGAACACUAAAAACGCUGACGCUCAGUGAACUAAGUAUCAAGGUGGCUCUGCCUUGGUUUCGCUUGCCAUUGCUCAAAACUCUGCACCUUUUAUCGGUCAAGUUCGAAACUAUUGCAAGUUUCUUACCAAUUUGCCCGCUUCUUGAAUAUUUGGUUGUAGACCAAUCCAAAGAAGACGGCAGUGUGGUGUUCAAGGAAGUUCCGCAUUGGUUUCGCUUGCCAUCGCUCAAGAGUCUGCACCUUUUAUCGGUCAAAUUCUCGGGGGACGAUUCAGUUGCAAAGCUUAUACGAAAUUGCCCGGUUCUUGAAGAUUUGGUUAUAAACAAAACCAGAGAUGACAAUGUGAUGAUAUUCAACAUCAAGGCAUUUUCAUUGAGGAGCUUGUCCAUCGAUAACUCUAUAGGGAACGUUAAGAAGAAUCAUGGGUUUGUGAUAAAUGCUCCUUCUUUGGAGAAAAUGGACUUUAAAGAUACAUUCAGUAACUUUCUAGUGUUUGAACAUAUGCCAGAGGUGACCGAGGCUAAUGUCCAGGUUCUUUGUGGCCAUUCUAACAUGUUCAUAGGAUCUCUUACCUCAGCCCGUCUUCUCUCUCUAUGUUGUCUAUCUUCAGAGGUAACAACUAUGUUACUGAAUCAUUUUCUCAAGAUUCUCCUUCUAUGUUCAAUAUAGUGAAUCAUUCACACUUUAAUUGCAGACUCCAUAUCCUAGUGGCACUACUUUCCCUUAUCUUGAACAUCUAGAGCUAUGUACACGUUGUGCCGGAUGGGCCAAUCUACUUUUUUGUAUACUUAAAGACGCUCCAACACUCAAAUAUCUCAAGCUUAAGCCGGUAUGUAGUAUGGAUCUUUUUUCACUAGUAUGUUAUAUGAACAGUAUAGUAACAACCUAUACAUAAUGUUUCUCUCAGCAACAUGGUGCCCAUUACAAUGGUCCGAUGAUCCUAUGGAAGAAAACAACAGCUGUUCCGGAAUGUUUAUCGACGCAUCUUGAGAUCAUGGAAUGGAGACAAUAUGAAGGCACAAAGCACGAGAGGAAUGUGGCUGCGUACGUGCUAGCAAACGCUACUUGUCUAAAGAGGGCGACCUUCUCAACAAGAUGUAGAAACAAACAUCAUCGCAGGCUCAGAAAGUUAAAGAAACUGAACAGAGUUUCAGAGACAUGUCAGUUAUUGUUUAACUAAACUCUUUUGUGAUGGUGUGUGUCUCUAGAAGACCUAUGAGUUUCUUAAGGUCCUCUUACAUUUUUCUCUGACUUUAUUUUGGUGUUAUGUGUUUUGUUUUCCGAGUCUCUAGAUCUUUGUUUUGUGAAAACAGAGCAUUUUUCUGCCUACAUGUUACUCUACAUAUAAGAUUCAUAUC